AAAUAUUCUCAUUGACGAGCCAGCAUAACCAUCGUCUUCACCGAUGUCUUGGCUUUGUAGGCAUCGCCUUCUCGGAUUUAAGCAUCUCCUCUUCCUCCUCCGUCGAUGCCCCUUGUCACUUCAUAUUAUGCCCAUUUUCUAGUUUUGAUCAUCAUCGUCAUCCAUGGACUGCAAUACCUCCUCUUGAAAAGAAUUUCUGCACCCAUUCAUUUAAUCCAUAAAUCAAUCUUCUUCUCAUUUUUGUGGGUGUUUUUGAAUCUGUGCCACUUGAGCUUCUCCAUCUUCUUUCCGAAAAACAAUACUAGUUCUUGUGGUUUUGAUUUCAAAUAUCACAGUAGCCUUUCAAGUGUUUGAAAUUAAGCCUCUGAAGAGUUUUAAUGCUUUGAGGUCCAAAUUGCAAGUCCUAAUUCUAAAAGAUAUUUGUUACUACUCAGAAAGAAAUGGAGAUUUCGUCGAGACACAGCAGGGCAUCACAGCUUCAGUCCUUAUCAACAACAAGGAGGCGGAGCGGCUAUGAACCAUCAGAUACCGAGACUGAAUGGCAUGAAACUCCGUGGCAUGACCACACCAAGAAAAAUGAGUAUUUUGGUUCUGAAGAGCCUAAAAUAGCUUUGGAUGAAGCUAAAAACAGAACUCCCUCGAGAUCCACCCGGAAAGACACUGUGCAGUUUGAACAUGAAGCUGUUUCUCCUAUUAAGGCUUUGACAGCUAGUCCCACUCGAAGGAGGCCCAGUAAGUCACCUUACAAGCCGAGAAGAGAUGAUGGUAAUGCUCGUUCACCUCCGCCUGUUUCUGAAUUUCACAGAAACGUUAGUCCUCUUCCUCUUACCCCAGGUUAUGAAUUUUCUGAUAUUCGUAAGAAUAUUAGUCCUUUUUCAAAAUCAGAACGUCGCAGACAUGUUCCUUCCCAUAAAUCCAUGAGAGAGGACCAUGAUUUGAAUAAUUAUGAGAUUGUCAGCUCAAAUAGAAAGCAAAACGAUAGAUAUUCCAUUAAAGACAGUAGUAAAGUGAGUGAGAAAUCGAAUUACAGCCGUAGAUCAGCUUCUGCUCCAAGGCCGAGAUCAAGAGAGAAGGACCGACAGAUCAAAUUUGAUCAUACAGAUGAAAAGAAAGAGGAUAGGACACCCUCUCCAUUGCCAAGGAAUAUUCUUGGGAAAGAUAGGGAAGCUUCCCAUAAAAAUGCUUCUUCAGUAGGUGAAAUCAACGAAAUGAUUGUGAAUGCAAAGAUUUCUAGAGGUCCGAUAAACAAUGAUCCAAACUUUGAAAGCACAGAGUCCAUUUCACCAGGUGACAUUUUCUUUUCACGGGACUAUGCAGCCUUGGCGAUGCAAAAGAUCACAUUUCCAAAGAAUGGUGGGUUUUGCACCGAUAGAAAUCCUGGUUCUCAUCAACGAAACAUGUCAAAUGGCACUUUCAAUCAUAAAACCGGGGCGAUUUCAUCUAGUACUAUUUUGACACAAACAACUACAACUAACGGCUCUUCUGUAAGCAGGGAGAGCGACGCUAGCGGGAGGACAAGUGAAAGCUUGAAAAAAUUCACAGCAAACAGACAGAAGAGGCAUGGUGAAGCAUGGUUUUCUUGCAUCAAGAAGGUAUCUUGCAGGACCUCAAAAAAAUCACCAGAAAAAGAACGAGCAUUUGAUGAAGCUUCAUUCAUAGAGAAAGCGUUUGUGGUUGAAAGCCUGAGACAAUUCUGGGCUGAUAAGCAUCAACCCACUUCUUUGAAUGGAUUUAUUUGCCACAAAAAAGAAGCUCAAUUACUUAAACAACUUAUAGCCACUGGAGGCUGUCCACACAUUUUGCUCAAGGGGCCUUCUGGUUCUGGGAAGAAAGCCCUGGCAAUGGCUCUUCUACAUGAAAUUUAUGGGGACACUGUUUCCAAUAUAACUCAUGAUUUGAGAUACUUCCAGAUUCAGGAAGCAAGGCCAAUGGAAGUAGUCGUUCCUGUAACCUCCAGUGCUCACCAUGUGGAGCUUAAUGUCUACUUGGAACCCAAUGCCAGAUAUGCAUUGAUGGCUUUAGUCAAGCAAAUAAGCAGCAACUAUGCAGUUACUCCUGAAAUCAGCAAUGUUAAUUUUAAUGCAGCAGAUUAUACAGUACUGGUUCUUUAUGAUGUUGACAAAGUUUCGGAGAGCAUUCAGCACCUGAUAAAAUGGAUCAUGGAUUGUUACACAGAUGCUUGUAAACUCAUACUCUGCUGUGAGGAUGAUGUGGACAUACUUGAACCGGUGAAAGAUCGCUGCAAGGUUUUUAAGAUUGAUGCUCCUGUAACUCAUGAAAUCAUGGAAGUUCUUAUUCAGAUAGCAAGGAAGGAAGACAUUGAACUAUCCAUGAGCUUCGCAGCAAAGAUUGCUACUAAAUCAAAGCAAAACCAGAGGAAAGCAAUUAUGGCCCUUGAAGCAUGCAAGGCACACAAUUAUCCUUUUGCCGAUGACCAACCAAUUCCAAUGGGAUGGGAAGAGGUCCUGGUGGAAAUUGCUGCAGAAAUCCUAGCUGAUCCAUCACCUAAAAGAUUAUUUUUAAUAAGGGGAAAGUUCCAAAAGCUUCUAGUGGAUUUCGUUCAUCCUAAACUGAUGCUCCUGAAACUAGUCGAACAGUUCCUUAAGGGAGUAGAAGCUAGUUUGAAAAGGGAACUUUACUAUUGGCAUGCUUAUUAUGAUAAAAGACUUCCAAUGGGAACAAGUGCAUUACUAAAGUUAGAAGAAUUUGUGGCCAAGUUCAUGAGCAUAUACAGGAAGAGUUCCAGCAAUAGUCUGCAGUCAUAGUCUGUAAGCAGAUUUGUCUUUGUCGAGACUAUUGUUUUAUAAGCUAUACCUUGGUUUCUCUAUGUGGAGUUGCUACACGUUAAGCUUUUGUUUGAUACUUGAUAUUAAAAGAACCCAAAAUUGGAUAACAAUGUACUUCAAACACAAUGAAUGAAUUUGUAUGUGCACUUGUUUGUAGCAAUAAAAUGAAGAUCUAUACAGUAUUUGAUGGCCCUGAAAGCAUA